UGGCUGGAUCGUGGUGACUUCAAGAUGACCCUCCGCUACAUGAACCUGCUGAAAGGUGCGCCAAGGUCCAUCGCCAGGGAAUGGAUGAACGAGACCAGGAUCCUGCUGGAGACUCAACAGGCAGUGGACACGUUAUUGGCGUACGCUGGUGCUAUAGGUCUAGUGUUCCUCGGCGCUGGAGAUUCGAAGUAAAAAAUAGCAGUAAAUCCGAAACAAAUCGAACCGACUAUCGCCGACCAGAAUGCUCGUCCCUUCGUGAAUUCUCGCGUCGACAUUAUCGAAACCGACCAACCUAACAAUGAGAAUCGAAAAGCUCCAAAGAAACGAUCGAAAGCUCGAAACGAAAAGCAAAUCGAAGCGUAAUAAAAGACAGAACCGAGGGAAAAAUAACGCAAGACAGGAAUAAGGGAAUAGAGAAAGAUAAAAAUAAGAAAAGGGAGAAACGCCGACGUGGAGAACGUUCCUUUUGUUGUUGUUCCAAGUGUUCCACCCAGCGCCAUCUGCAACAGGCCGUGGAUCUGCGAUCCAGGGGAAGAAGAAGGCUCGCACGGAAACGUCGUCAAAGACCAUUAAGAAUUCGCAGGCCGAGGAAGCAUCGCGAAGGAUGGUCUUACGACAUCAUCCAGGCUGCUGUCACUCGGGCCCUGUCAGUCCUGGGCUGGACAGACGACAGACUGUCAGCUGAUAUCAAGAAACGAGCUAGAUUCGUGGUCCCGUUGCAGUCCACCUGUCACGUUCCCAGCCACCAGAAGACGGUCACCAAGAUCCUCCUGCUGCAGGCAGAUAAACCCGGCUCAUCCUAGAAUCUGUCAAAUUCCUGUUCUUCAACGAGGAUCACGUUUCCCAUAGAAAAGAUCCUAUUCUGAGAAACCCAGCAAUCGAAAUAUCACGAUCUCAGUCGAAGUCGAUGCAUCCUGGAAUUUCCUUGCCUAUCGAGAAAAAUAUCGUUAUCGUUGCCAUACUUCAUCCAAGUUAAUGCCAAACGAAAGUGUUCACAGUGGACAGUCACCUAGAUGUUACAGCGGGGAGAUAAAUUCAGUGUCAAUCGCAGAUUAGGUGUCCAACGAGCAAGAUCCUGUCAAGAGACCUCUAACGAGUUCUCUAAUCAAGUUUGGUCGAUAUUUUUCCUGGAUCAUUGUAUUUUUCCUAUAGUUUCUUAACUGUCAAGGUAUUAUUUGUCAUUGUGAUAUUCCAGUUGAAGGAAAAUCGGAUAAAUGUGUUCAAGAUGGAAGAAAGGUGAGAAGAAUAGGGAUACUGGUACACCACUGGCGGGCUUGGAUCAUUUCGAAUUGACAACAGGAAGCGGAGGAAGAUGGCGCCGUUGCUGGUUCCUGUGAAGCGUUUACCAGGCACGGGGAGGAUAUUUCAAAAUUCGCGGAAAGAAGUUAGCCUUUAACGAGAGCGAGAAAAAGGGUGACAGAAGGCUGGCCGGGCCAGGUUGCUUUAUCUCGCGUUCCCGCCGGUUUAAUCCGGGAUUUGUCGCGCGGAGGCAGCGCCACCUGGGUCCGUAUCGAGCGAAAAAAGCCGAGGCUUUCGGAAAAGUUUGGCCGGCUCCCUAAAUCCCGACGCUGUCGCAAAACUGAGCGAAAUCUGUUCGUUUCCGGGCAACAUAGUCCCUGCUUCAUUGGGAUCCCGCGCGAGGGGAGCUAGACCUAGAUACCUCGAUGAAUAUAUACCAAAAAAUUCUAGGGAAUUUCGUUUUCGUUUUCGCUUUCGCUUUGGCUUUCGCUUCGUGCAAUGUGUUCGGGAUCUCACGAAUUUUCUGUAUUGUAAACCUCAUAAUAUAUAGAUAAAUCUCAUGCGAUGUCAACAUAAGAUAACUCAGUGGAACUCUCCUGAAGCGCUGUUUGGACACUUUUGUACUCUUCUAGUGGACUUUCUUGUACCGUGUACAUUUAACACCCAAGCUGUACUGCGAGAAAUUCGAGAGAAACGUAUCGAUGUAACUCUACUGAUACUUAGACGAAUAAUUGUAGCGUGUAUUGACAGUUGUUUGAGCUUCGCAAGUCGUUGAGCUUUUAUUUCGAGGUUGAUUUCCCACGAAUAUUGUACUCGGUACUCUAGUUCAGAGCCCUAGUUUAAUCGGCCAAGGAGCUUCACGGGAAGUAGCAACGAAUUUUCCGACGAACCCUGUAACGUUUCCUGCGUUCUCGAGCGUUUAUUCUGGACGAUCCGAGGCUCCCUUCGAGCUCUCGAUUUAAACCAGUGAAGAGAAGCGGGUUCUUGCUGGGUCGAUAUCGCCUUCGGAUCGUCUGGAAACCCAGUGAUAAGCACGAUACCGGAAGACGCGAGUCGGACGAGCGAAAGUCGCCUCAUCCGUCUAGCAUUUAAUAGCGUAGCAAACAGAGGAAAAAGAAAAUAAAAGAAGAUAAAAAAGGAAAAUAUGAAAUAAACGUAUCGUCGAUACUGUCUGAACGAGUCUGCUGUUAUUUCGCAUUCGCGAGCCUCGAAUGAAAAGAGCCGUCAUCCCCUAACGUGCAACACGAAAUUCCUCUUCGAGUUUCAGCCAACACCUCAAACUGGAUGACUAGUCCUUGGCACAUGUCAUUAACCGUGGCUCGUUCAAGUGACACGUGUCGCUGCUUUCUUUCCUUUCUUUUAUCUUUUUUCUUUUUUUUUUUUUUUUUUUUAGAAACUCGAGAGAGAGAGCUCGUUUCACCGUGUGUCAUGUUCCAGAGUGGAAAAUUGAAGAGAAAACGUUGCUUCUUCUGUGUCCUACACUCGGGCUGUGUAGAGUGUUUAGGCUAGCCAGAGAGCUAAAUAGGCACAGCGAGAUAAAUAAAGCUUGUUUCCCUUUACAGCGGAAACGAGAUGGCCCAUAGAAUUCGACAAGAAUGACAUCGUUCAGCAAAGUGUGCUGUGUUAGGGUUGGAUCGAUGAAUUACGUCCUCUGAGUAGUGUGUUCAGCUUUGUAAUUCGAAUCGGAGAUUCAUACGAGCAAUAAACGAUGUUUGUUUAUGGUGUUGUCGGUUUGUCGUAGAAUUUUUAGAAAUCGUAGAAU